UGUGAGAGGGAGCGUGUGAGAGUGUAUGAGUGGGCGUGUGUACCUGCGUGUGAGUGUGUACCUUUGCUAAGCAUAUGUUCCUACUGUGACCAUGGUCAGCCCCCUGUCUGCCGUGAUAGCACACGACACGGUGCGUAGAUACAAUGACUACCGCCACCUCAACAACACGGUUGUGGAUCACAUCUCAACGAACCGCCGGCGCAAAACGAGCCACUACGUGUUGUGGCUGGACGCAGACGUCGAGUACAUACCGAACACAAUUAUCUCGGAUCUGAUUGGCUCAGGGAAGCACGUGAUUACUCCCAGAUGUUUGCGAGAGGGCCUGGAUUACGAUCUGAAUACUUGGGCCGGAGAGCGUAUCGAGGCGACCAGACCAAGCCAGUACAGACACUUGCUGUUCGUUCCCUACCCCGGUACACUGAACAAGAACAUGAGAGACUUCGCAGAGAGUGGCGAGGAGUUUGUGGAGGUGGAUUCGGUCGGAGGAACGGCGCUAUUGGUCCGUUCUGAUGUAAGUCACUCACUACAGUUGGUCGGACUAUUGUACACACAUGUGCGCAGCGCAACCCUUUUCAUCUCACAAAUGCAUUAA